UCCAGUAUUGUUUAAAUCGCCGUCCGGACGUGAAGACCAGCUUUCUGUCACGAUGUGACAGAGCUGUACAGCGAAUAAACUGUACAGUUUAUAUUAGCAGGUUAACGUUCAGUAGCUUAACGUGAAACAACAUUGAAUUGAAGGCGACAGCUACUCCCAGUGCUUACAUUAACGUUAACUUGACGACGAAGGAAACAACGAAGUGUUCUUUUAUGUCAUACGGAUAAAAUUAAUGCUCACUGGGGAAACGACAGUGUUUAUCAAGAGGAGAGAAAUGUGUCUUGUGGACUCGGACGUCUUGUCGAAGAGGACGGAUCUAACGAGGACUAACGCCUUCAGAUAAACAAUAGCUCUGUGUUGACAUUUGUGUUGCAUCCUUACGAUUUCUUAUGCUAACAUUGACAGUGGACUAGCUCGCGGAUGUUGGCUAGCUUUAUAGGUUGCUGCAACUUGUAUAUUUUAGAUAGAAGCAGAUUAAAUAAUUUAGCAUCACCGAACAAGGUAACGUUAUUUACAUAUUAUUGUUAGCAUGUUUGCAGAGACCUACUAUGGGCAGCAGCUAUGACGCUAGGUGCAGCCACAGGGUUAUGUCACUGUCUGGCUAACCGAUAGCUCGGUGUCUGCAACUGCUUACAAUCUUUGCAUAGUCAUGUCCAGUAGGGUUGUCAUCAUGUAGACUGUCCCUCUGAACUGGUUAGCUGACUCGGGACACACAUUGUGUUAGUGAGCCACCUUGGAGUGUAAUGCAAAGCUGGAUUGCAGCUAUCCAACUGGGUCAAAGACUGACAGCUGGCACUGAUACAGUUUAGCUCAGGAUUGUUGUUAGCCAUGCUCAAAGCCCUCUGUUCUGUGUGACAUUACAAACACCCCAACCUACUUAGAGGGCAUGUGAAUGCAUCAUGUCCUGUCAGCAUCUCUUAUUUGUGCAAUAAGGCACAUUAAAGCAGCCUGUCAUAAAGUGAAUCCGCAGCGCAAGAAGCAGCAUCACCAGGACUGAGAGAAUAAUUUGCUCCGGGAUUAUUUUCUGAAGAGAAGAGCAACAUUUAAUGCUAUCCACCAGCGCCCAACAUCAGCUGGACCAUCAGCCUAUCACAAUGGAGACUGUGGGAGAUUUUGAGUACAGCAGAAAAGACCUGGUCGGACAUGGAGCCUUUGCUGUGGUGUUCAAAGGAAGACACAGGAAGAAGACAGAUUGGGAAGUGGCCAUCAAGAGCAUUAAUAAGAAGAACCUGUCCAAGUCCCAGAUCCUUCUUGGCAAGGAAAUCAAAAUCCUGAAGGAGCUGCAGCAUGAAAACAUUGUGGCACUUUACGAUGUCCAGGAAACACCCAACUUUGUUUUUCUGGUCAUGGAGUACUGUAAUGGAGGUGAUCUUGCCGACUAUCUGCAAGCUAAGGGGACACUGAGAGAAGACACACUGAGGGUUUUCCUCCAGCAGAUUGCUGCUGCCAUGCGCAUCCUCAACAGCAAAGGAAUCAUCCACCGUGACCUGAAACCACAGAACAUCCUGCUGUCGUAUGUGGGUCGCAAGAAGUCCAACAUCAGUGGCAUCCGCAUCAAAAUAGCUGACUUUGGCUUUGCACGGUACCUCCAGAGCAACAUGAUGGCAGCCACGCUAUGUGGGUCACCCAUGUACAUGGCCCCAGAGGUCAUCAUGUCCCAGAACUAUGAUGCCAAGGCCGACCUGUGGAGCAUAGGGACUGUCAUUUACCAGUGUCUGGUCGGCAAGCCACCAUUCCAGGCCAAUAGUCCCCAAGACCUGAGGAUGUUCUAUGAGAAGAACAAGAAUCUACAACCUAUCAUCCCAAGGGAGACAUCCCAACAACUUGGUGACCUUCUGCUUGGUCUGCUGCAGAGGAACCAGAAAGACAGGAUGGACUUUGAUGCGUUUUUCAGCCAUCCUUUCCUGGAGCCGUCAUCCACCAUCAAAAAAUCGUGUCCAGUGCCGGUCCCCACCACCUCUAAUGCAGUGACGGACAGUUCCUGUGGCAGUUCCCCAUGCAUCCGCUACAACUCCCCUCCUUCUCUCCCAGACAUGCAGACACUAGCAGAAGAUGGUCUGUCAUCCCCUCCGCUCGGUCCACCCAACUUCCUGCAGCUGUCCAAAGAGUCUGCAGGAAGCACCAGCAGUAAAAACUCAUCCAGUGACACUGACGACUUUGUCCUGGUGCCUCACAUCGCUACUGACAGCUAUGACCAGCCAAUGGGAGUGGUUCGUCGGACGUCCAGUGACUUCCUCAUGUGUGGAGGGCAGCCGCAGCCCACCCCAGGACAGACCCCCAUGGUGUCCCCACGGGCUGAGACCACCCCCAUCCCUGUUCCGACCCAGAUCCGCAACUACCAGCGCAUCAAGCAGAACCUCUCCAGCAGCCCGACGACCACACUGUACACUUCUCCCAGGUCUGGCACAGUGAGGCGCUCCAACACUAGUCCUAUGGGGUUUCCCAAGGUGGGCUCGGGGUCCCCCAGCUCCGUAGAUGUCCCUCAGGCAGUAGGCAGGCGUCUCUCCACCGGCAGCUCCCGGCCCUACUCCCCCUCACCUCUCGUGGGCACCAUCCCUGAGCAGCUGGGUCACUGCUGCUGUCACAUGCAGAACCACGAGCCUCGCAGCCGCAGCUCCUCAGGAGGUUCCCCCGUCCCAUCCUCUCAGCUCCUGGGGGCUCGGCUCCAGAGUGCCCCCACCUUGACUGACUUCUACCAGACCAGGCAGAAACUCCACAAGCAGUUAUCAGACCCUGUUCAGCCUUCCUCCUCGUCCUCCUGUAGUCAUUCCCCGCAGCUCGGUCGACCAGCCAACCUUGGCUCCUCCCCCACCAAGCUCCUGGGCUCCUCCCCCCGCACGUCCGACUGGCUGCAGAAGUCCCCGCUGCCCACCAUCAUUGGCUCCCCGACUAAGACUAUUUCGGCACCGUUCAAGAUCCCCAAAACGCAGGCGUCCUGUAACUUGAUGGCGCUGGCGGACAGCCCCGUGCCCACCAAGACGUUGGCAGAUGCCCGGGAUAUCUGUGCCCACCACUGCAGCCCGUACCUCACCGGACGCCCAGCUGCCCCUGAGGCCAGCAGGACCUUUGGCAGGUCUGUUAGUACGGGUCGUCUGUCUGAGCAGCCAAUCAGAAUCACUCUGGGUGGACAGGCCUAUCAAGGCAGCAAUGACAGCUUGAACACAGAGCGACCCAUGGACACAGCCCCUGCAGGUCCCAGUGGGCUGGUUCAGGUUGGGUCAGUGAGUCCCCGUACUGUCCUUUUCACCGUGGGUUCACCGCCCAACAGCAGCACUCCCCCUACCUGCAGCCACCUGGGCACACGACCACGCACCACCUCAGUGGGCUCCAACAGUUCGGCUGGCUCCCUGUGCUCCACCAGCGGUCGGGUCUAUGUUGGAUCUCCUCCGGGCAUGGCCAUGGGCUGCUCUCCUCCAGGAGGUUUUGGGGGCGGGCAGAUUGUCCCCAGUAAUGAGGGGGCACCCAGCAGCCUGCGCUAUGUUCCCUAUGGGACCUCCCCUCCCAGCUUAGAGGGAUUCAUCACAUUCGAAGCCCCUGAGCUGCCUGAGGAGACCCUCAUGGAGCGUGAGCAUACAGACACCUUGAUGCACCUGCGGAUGAUGCUUUCAUUCACCGACUGCGUCCUGGAGAUGGCGGCAGUGCGAGCUGGAGGGACGGAGCUUGGCGUGUCGGCCGCCUCCCUCUACCCUCCCCAGGACAGUGUGGUUGUGGACCAGAUCAGCCAGCUCAGCAGAGAGUGGGGGCAGGUGGAGCAGUUGGUGCUCUACAUGAAGGCAGCUCAGCUCCUGGCUUCCUCUCUCCAUCUGGCCAAGGCUCAGAUUAAAUCAGCCAAGCUCAAUCCUUCCACUGCCGUCAAACAGGUGGUGAAGAGUCUUAAUGAGCGCUAUAAAAGCUGCAUCUCCCUCUGCCGGCGGCUGACUGACAGACUCAACCACUUCUUCUCCGACAAGCAGCGCUUUGUGGACGAAAUCAACAGUGUCACCGCGGAGAAGCUCAUCUACAAUCAUGCAGUGGAGAUGGUUCAGUCAGCAGCUCUGGAUGAGAUGUUCAAGCAAACAGAAGAUAUAGCCUACCGCUACAGCAAGGCCGCCAUGCUGCUGGACGGCCUGUCCAAGAUCCUACAGGACCCCACUGACAUUGAGAACGUGGUCAAGUACAAGGCCAGCGUGGACCGCAGGAUAUCAGCCCUCUGCUACUGCACUGUCACACUCUACGAGUAGCAGCCCUUAAACACACACACACACACACACACACACACACACACACAGAGACACAGAGGGACCAUGUCCUAAGAUUAUUGUCUACCAUCCUCACAAAGCCGCUGUUCCCUCCUGUAGCAGUUCAAGCCCUUUUCAUUUGAUAGGUUUCAUCUGUAUUUAUCAUCAUACUGGCUGCAUCACGAACUGAACUGUGACAAGCGACUGAUGCACAGAUUUACAACCAAAGAUGACAACGGAUCCAGAAACAAAAGGCUGAAACCGGAUGUGGACAUAAUGCCUGCACUUUCAAGUGCAUUUUUCUUCUUACGCUAUGAUGGUGGAAACCCAUCUGAUCAACAUAUAUAAAAAUAAACUAAUGUCCAUCUUUCAGGAUAUCAUUUGUUUUUUACCAGAAGAAAAAAAGGAUGGACAGGACUAUGAGGCGGAGUUGUGGAUUUCAAGAGACUUGAACUGGAGUUUGUCUUUUUUUUUUUUUUUUUAUCCUGCGUACUAUGUGAUAUCAGUGGUUAUUUACUCUGUGUUUAAGUUGUUGUUGUUAUUUAUUGGUUCAGAAGAACAGGGAUGUUUGAGUCUUCUGCUUAUUUAGAUAACCUCAAGUAUUGGAGUGGAAUGAAAUGGAAGAAAAUUGCAGAAGGCUUACGGCUGAUCACUGUAACAGAUCCAACAACAUGGAUUUUUACAUAAAACAAGAACUCUUGUUACAAAAAUUAGACAGCCAUGUGAGCAAAGGAACCUGUAGAUUUGGAACUGCUUUAUUAUUUUUCCUGUGUUAGCUCAAGCACUUUAUUGUGGAUUGAGAGGAAGAGACGUGUAUCUGUACAAGUUCUGAAGGGAGAAAUGUGAAGGCGGGGGAGGGGUUUUCUAAUCACUCCUGAUCCCACCCUCAAAAUGUACCUGCUCUGUAUGCAUGAUAAACACGUUUACAGACUGCAUACAUUUCCUAUAAGGCAGAGCAACCAGGGAAACUCGGGUAAGGAAAACAGUGCUGUCAGCCAAGACAAAUUGGCUGCAGCUCAACUUUGCAGGACCUCUUCUGUCAAGAUCAACUAGAUGUUUAAUAGAACCACUUUUCGCUUGUAAGCUGAUUUAAAUAACUAUAUUUAAAGGGGCGUGUCACCGAUUUUACACAUGAAAAUCAGUUUACUUGUCACUAGUAGCCCUCCUCAGCCUGUGAAUUGUAAAAUGUCUUCUGUGACUGAUGGGAGAUCUCUGAAGUCUGAGAUUGUAACCCAGAUGAUGUCAUCAGGGUUACCUUGAUUAGGGUUUGUGGACUACUUUUACAGAAAACUUGUUAUAAAAUAGGGGAGUGGAGUUUGAAAAAAUGUAGGCAUUGCCAGGCAAGGAGGGUAUAUCCCUUUAAUUCCAGAUACAGUAGUUGUGUCUGGCCAUAUGAAAAAAUGGGCUACAAUUUGAAUGCAGCCAUUCAAAGCCUUCCCUGUUCUUUACCAUUGACCUGACAGAUGCAGUUGUUCUCAAACAUCAAACCAACAUUUAUCAUUCACAUAAAACAUACAGAGCACGGGAGCUUCGAUCGGCUUUUAUGGACCUUGAUAUUCAUUUCGCACUUGGAAAUAGAAAAAUCAGUCACAGUGUUUCCCUUGUGGCCCAGUUUUGUAGGAAUGUAACAGACCCAUGGUGACUUGUUGAUCACAGUGAGGAGGGGUUAAGUUAAAUGUGGGGUGACAGUGGCUCACUCUGCUCACAAGGUCUGCAGGCUUGGAUAUUCAGAAGAAAAGAUGGUGGCAGGCCCUUCUCCUGUCCCCACAACAGCCAAUCAGCGUCCACUUUAAACCCUGAAGGAGUGAUUUGUGAAACUGAAUGGUCAUAUUACUUGACAAGUUACCUUAAAAAUAAGUUUCAUUUUACUAAAAUACUACAGUUUUUUAUGUUCUGUCAGUAUCUGUAGCUAAUUUUUUUAACAAAACUUGAUGUUGGCAAACUUGUAUAUAUUUGUAUGUGGUGCAUGUGAUGAUUCCUUUCCCCUCUUUUUGGGAGGGGAGUGAGUGUGUGUGAGAUCACAUUUUUAGUUUUGGGUUGUCGAUGAUACCAUCAGAUGACCUGCCUGUCGGUCAAAGAGCACAAAUCUUUAUAUGUACAUAGGUGAAUUUGAUACAUUUUAUUCAUGUCUGCCAUAUUUUGGCACAACACAGGGGUGUGCCAAAGAAUAAAAUAUAACUCGUGGCAGCUCCAAAACUUUCCAGAGAACUCUUUCUACCAGGACUGUUCAUUGUUUAGACGAAGACACAUAUUUGUUCAGUGGGUCUUAUGAAAUUUUCUGAAAUAAGCAUGAUGUCUUAAGAUUUCAUACUCAUUUCCCAAAAUUUUGUGAUACUUGAAUUGUCACAAUCUGCACUGCCUAGCAUCCACUGUCCCUCUGGCUCCCCUCAAGUUGUCUGCUGUGCUCUCAACAGUGUAUGUACUACGUAUGAGUGUAUAUAUACACACGUGCACUUGCCAGGUGUGCAUUAACACCAGUAGUAAACAGUUAUUGAUGGAAAAGGAGAUGCCUUCUUCUUGUGAAAGCAGACAAAGACCUACUCCUCUGUACAGGUGUGAAUACAUUCUUUUUUCUGUGUAAAAAUGUGUAUAAAUGCAUUCACAGGCACCCAGCGGUCUCUGGGUCUGUUUAUCUGAUGUACUGUUCUUUUCCGAGACAUAUCUGGGUUUCAGUUUCCCUCGUCCUUGUCAUGAGCACUCUGAACCACACAAAGCCUUUUACUGCGCACAGAGUGAAGAGGGACAAAUAAAGCUUAUGGAAACCCGCCUCAAUCUGUGCCCUGUACCAUUUUACCCAUUGACUGUAACUGAAGAUGGACUGUUAUACUAUAGAUGAAGCAUGGGUACCAAGUCUGCAUUUUACCCUGUAGAGUAGAACCUCUAGAAUCUUGAAUGUACUGUAUGUACCCUGUUGUUUUGCGCCUCUCCAGCUUGAUCUGAAUGCAUUUUGAAGAAACCCGUUCUCAGUCACGACCCUAAAAAUGCAACACAUUUUCCAAGCACCUGUUUUUCAAAGAGAAAUUUUAAUGUUAUACUUGUGUCCCUCACCAAGGGGUGUCUGUCUAUGUUCUUUAUGGAACACAAAUACAGUCUUUAAUAUUAAAAAACAAAGAAACAAUUAAAA